UUCAGGAGCAGCAGAAUAAAUGUUUCACUCCUCCUGGUGAGGUGUGUGAGGACCAGUGGGGAUCAGUGGAGACUACUGAGGACCUGUUAAGAACCAGUGAGGACCAGUGGGGAUCAGUGGAGACUACUGAGGACCUGUUAAGAACCAGUGAGGACCAGUGGGGAUCAGUGAGGACCAGUGGGGACCUGUUAAGAACCAGUGAGGACCAGUGGGGAUCAGUGAGGACCAGUGGGGACCAGUGGGAACUUGUAAGGACCAGUGGGGACCAGUGAUGACCAGUGAGGACCAGUUGGGACCAGUUGGGAACAGUGAGGUCCAGUGGGGACCAUUGGGGAUCAAUGAGGACCAGUCGGGACCAGUGAGGACCAGUGGUGUCAGUGAGGACCAGUGGGGACCAGUUGGGACUUGUGAGGAUCAGUGGUGACCAGUGGGGACCAGUGGGGAACAGAGGGGACCAGUUGGGACCAGUUAAGAACCAGUGAGGAACAGUGGGGACCAGUUGGGAUCAGUGAGGACCAGUGGGGACCAGUGCGGACCAGUGGGGAUCAGUCAGGACCAGUGGGGACUAGUGAGGACCAGAGGACCAGUUAGGACCAGUGAGGACCAGUGAGGAUCAGUGGGGACUAGUUGGGACCACUGGGGAACAGUGAUGACCAGUGGGGACCAGUGAGGACCAGUGGGGACUAGUUGGGACCAGUGGGGAACAGUGGGGACCAGUGAGGACCAGUGAGGACCAAAGGACCAGUGGGGACCAGUGAGGACCAGUGGGGAUCAGUCAGGACCAGUGGGGACUAGUGAGGACCAGAGGACCAGUGGGGACCAGUGAGGACCAGGUGGGGACCAGUUGGGACCAGUUGGGACCAGUAAGGACCAGUGGGGACCAGUGGGGACCAGUUGGGACCAGUAAGGACCAGUGAGGACCAGUGGGGACCGGACCUGACCCUGCGGCUCCAUGCUUCGUGUCCCUGGCGGCCUGACGAUGAGCUGAAUGCUGAUGGUCCAAGGAGACGAGGAGAGGAGGAGAUGAACCGUUUCCUCCGAGCUGUGGAGGAUGGAGGUCUGCUGAGAGGCUGCAGGGAGCUGUCCCCCAACCACACCUCCUCCUGCAUCUCCAUCACCUCCUCCUCCUCAGCCGACGGACACGCGGCCCUGCCCUCGCUCCAGACCCGGGGACCUGGCGGGUCGGAGCCGAGGAGAUCCGCGCUGAAACGCAGCCGAGCCGGCCGGGAGGGACGAGGGGACCCGGGGCUGGAGGACCGGUCCGCGGCCGCUGCGCUGCGCCUGAGACCCGGGGAGCAGCAGCUGCGGCGCCGGGAAAGCCAAGGACGUAGCGUCGGAGGAGAAGGAGCCGGGAUGAUCUCCGCGGUCAUGAGGGAGGCGGGAGGAGGCGUCUGCUCCGACAUCCCCGCGGCCUCCGGCGCUGCGACAUGCGCCAAAGGCAAAGAGGAGCGGAAGGGGAAGAACAUGAUCCGCGGCUGGAAGAGGGACCGGGACCUGGACCGGGACCGGGACCGGGACAGCGCUCCUCCUGCCGCUCCCUCCGUCCGGCAGAGGAAGGAGAGAAGCGGGGAUGGUGCGUCUCCUCCUCCUCCUCCUCCCUCCGUCUUCCUCUCGUCGUCCGCCCUGCCCGAGCAUCAUCUGUGCCGCGACGGCCCCGGACUGUGCCGCUGCGACCCCCGGACCACAGCUGGAGACAGCAACAGCAACAACAACAACAACAACAACACAAACACACACACACACGGCUGCUGCGGCGGGGGCAGGAACGCGCUGGAUUGUGGAGCUAAAGGCGGCGGCGCUAUUGUUGUCAGGCGGCAGCAUGACGACACGCCGGCCGCUAAGAAACACAGAGGAGCCGAGAAGGUCGACCCCAUGUUCACUGUGCCGGCCCCCCCCGCCCUGGGCCACCCCGGCUCCUCUCUGCCCUCGGCUCCUUCCUUCUCCCCUCCGGCCCUGCCCACCUCCAACCCUAUGCAGAUGGCAGUGAGGACCAGGUCCAUCGGCACCAACACCCAGGAUGGAGGCGUCUCUGGGCCCCUGGAGGACGACCCGGCCGGUCUGGGCCCGUGUCAGCCCGGGACCAGCGUGAACCUGGAGGGCAUCGUGUGGCACGAGACCGACGAAGGUGUCCUGGUGGUGAACGUGACGUGGAGGAAGAGGACCUACGUGGGAACCUUGUUAGACUGCACCAAACACGACUGGGCCCCCCCGAGGUUUUGUGAGUCGCCCUCCAGUGACCCCGAGCUGCCCGGCGGUCGUGGCCGGGGGAAACGGAUGCGCAUGGCGAUGGCCGAGCGUCCCUGCGUUGAGCCGGCGCCGGCUGCCAAGGUCAGAGGUCUCACACAGCACAGGAGCCGCGGAGGAGGCGUGGCCGGGACCUCUGUGCCGAUCCACAGCAAGGGACGGAGAGGCAGUCUCAACCUCAUCAACAGCACCUGCCGAGCUCCAGCUUCUUUCUUCACCGUGGACGAUGUGAAAUCUUCCCACAGCGCCCCCUCCCUUUCGUCUGGGAAGCGAAAGAACAAACCUCCGGCCGACCUGGACCUCAGCUUGGUCUCUUCCGACGACAUCAAAAAUGGCAACGGGAAGCGGAUUCGAGCCAAAUCCCGCAGCGCCCCGUCCACACCGCAGGGCAAAUCUGACCCCUCCUUCAUGGACCCAGGGGGAGGUUGUGCCUCUUCACCACCCCCGCCCAUUCUCAUUGAUUGUCCCCACCCCAACUGCACUAAACGCUACAAGCACAUCAAUGGACUGCGCUACCACCAGACACAUGCACACCUGGAGGCCGAGGAGCAGAGGAAGCCUGAGCUGGAGCCCAUGAAGGACGGAGAGAGUGAGGAGCGACUAUCAGACUGUGAGGACACCAGCAGCAACAUAACAUACGACCUCACGGAGCCAAACAACAGCACUAAUGCCAACAGUUCCUCUAAGAAACCUGCACCUCUCUACAAGGUGACCACGGUAGGGUCUCCUAAGAACAGACGGCUACUCCUGAGUACCGACCACAGCCCCACAGCUAACUCUAAAACCAGAAGAACCUCACUGCUAAAAGAUGGGCUCAUCGAUGACCUCAGCAAUCUGCCCAUCAUCUCCAACAUGACCGUGGUCCUGGAGAACUGCAUGGUCCCAGACAGGAACUCCAUGGUGGAGAUGCCCAAACUCGAAGCUGAAGGUUUGAUCGACAAGAAGGGAGGCGCAUGUGAUAAAGGCAAGAAGGCCAAUGGGAAGGUGGAGAAACUUUCCAAGUCACGGACAAACCGACCAAUUGCUCCAGCUCCUGCUCCUCCCAAGCUGAUCGCCAUACCCAAUGCAACGUAUCCCGCCGGCACAGCAGAUACUGCCCCCCCACAGCAGCCCUCUCCCAUUGCCGCUGUGGGUCUCACGAGUAAAACCCUUCCUCUAAAACCCAUCAAACCAAAGCUGAGCAUCGUUGUGGAGCCGAACCUCGUCAAAGCAACACUGGUUCCCUGCAGCAAAGAGACCAGGAAGAAGGAAAAGCGGAGGCUGAAGGACAAACAUAACAAAGACGAGUCCACCAGGACACCUAAUGGAGACAGCAGCGGCAUCAAAAUGGAGGAUGGUGGUGGUGGAUCUAAAACGGGUGGCAAGGAAAUUUCUGGAAGCCUUCUGAAGGAACACCUCAGCAAGCAGGACGUGAUGAAUGGACUCACAGAAAGCCAAGAGAGCAGGAUGGCCAGUAUCCGUGCAGAGGCCGAUAAGGUCUACACCUUCACCGACAACGCCCCCAGUCCCUCCAUCGGCAGCUCCUCGCGGCUCGACGCCGGUGGGAGCUGCCUGGUAGCAGCUGACAGCAGCAGCAAGAACAACAGUCCUGCUUACUCCGACAUCUCCGAUGCAGGGGACGACGGAUCCUCUGAAUGUCGGUCAGAUGGCCUCAGAUCCAAGUCGGGCUCGUCUGCCUCUUCUGACGUGAGCUCUAACGGUAACCAUAGUAGCUCUGGUAAGACCCCUCCCACUUCAUCUGCCCCAUCUUCAAAAGACUCCCAGUCUCCAUACUACCACAGCUACGAACCCUACUACCUGCCAGGGUACAUGCAGUCGGAGAGGCAGAUCAGCAGCAGUGUUGCUUUCCAAAAAAGCUCUGCCCAUGACGGCAAAGGGAAAGACAGAAAGGAAGACGUGAAGGAGGACGACAAAAGUUCUUCCAUUGAGUUCUUGGACUCUAAGAAAGGCGAUGGACCGCCUCAAUCUCAGCUGCAGCUGGCCAUGAGUCAGACCCAGACCGCGCUAGCCCAGUCCCUGUACUAUGGCCAGUACUCCAGAGGACUUUACAUGGACCAGAAAAUCUUACUGGCCUCCAAAUGCUGUGACCAGCCACCAGGUGCCAAGCAGAGGGGCGAGAGGGGUCAGGGGUUGAGAGACAGUGAGGACCUCAAACACAUGGUUGGAGGACCAGCCAGUGGACCCCUGCUAGGGAAGGGUCCGGACGGAACUAAAGGCUGCUGUCCCAAACCCAUCCUGUCCUACGUGGAGAUGAGUGAGAGAGGAGAAAGGGGACAGGGUCUGAGCUUGAAGGCGGUUCACGGUGCACUGGUGGACCAGCACCAGGUCUCGAUGAAAGACUGUGAUGACAUCAAGUCCCCCUCUUCUUCCUCCUCUUCAUCCCUCCACAACGCGAACAGUCAGACAGAUCUGGACUCAAAUGUUUCCUUUUCCAGUCCCCCCGACGGACCGGCCUGGGCUCACCGCCUCGCUCACAGCAAGUACAUCGAGCUGCAGCACGGGGAGGAGGCCGAGGAGGGGGAAGCUGACAGGAGCAAGGAGUGGGGAGCUACCGUGGAGCCGGCCGGGGCCAAGAUGACCUCAGGAGGAGGAGACAGAGGAGCAGGCGGGGAGGCUAAAAAAGCCAGAGUCCACGGAUCCCACGAUCUCCCACCGGCCAUCGAACCCGAGGACUCCGACCGACUGGAGGGCCUGGACGAUCAGGGUCAGGAGCCAAUAGGAGGGCUUUCUGAGGAGUCUCAGAGCGCCCGGGUGGCGGUGUCUCCUCCCAUGACGCCCCAGCAGCCCUACAUCCAGUACCAGCACUCCUCCUACCCGCCCUACCUGGCGAUGUGCGAGAGCAGCGGGGCCUCCUACCGAGGGGUGUCCCCAACGCUGGUCCACAACUACCCAGGUUUCCACUACCCUCUGUACGGCAAGACGGCCGGCAGGGAGGAGUCAGAGGUGACCCCACCCGGCAGAGGGGUGGCGGUGAGCAGCAAGCAGAGCAGCGACUCCACCUCCUCGUCGGCCAUGGAGCUGCUGCAGCAGCAGAGCCACCAGUACCACGGGAAAUCUCCUGCUCCUGGAGAGAAGGGUUCCCCGGAGGGAGAGAGAGAGACGGAGAGAGAGAGGAACCACGUGUCGUUCGCCCGACACCUCCACACACACCACCACACACACUUGGGUAUGAGCUACAACCUGAUGUCAGGGCAGUACGACAUCUACCAAGGGUUGAGCUCCAGGUCGCUGGUCUCCAGUCAGCAGGUGGCAGGACACUCCUCUACUGAGGCCGAAGGGAAGAAGUAGGACCAUGUGGCCACGUCUCACAUGAGGAACGGCAGAUUUAUCACACAUCGAUUCCGUGGUGUUGAAUAAGCUUCGCCUCGCUGAGAGGCAGAGAACAAGAAGAUAACCUCUUUCAUUUCUUACUGAUGACAACCACCUGUUUUAUAACACGUCUCCCAGGAGCAGACGGGCGGCCUGAGGGACGGACUGAGGGACAGGAUGUGGACCUUGUUGAACUUCCUGUAUAAAUCUGAAUCUCAAACUUUUCAAGCUUCAGUUUUGCAGAGUUUUGACCGAUGCAGGUGGCGCAGACGAAACUAAACAUCCCCGAGCGCAGCGCACGCAGCUCUUUAUGAAAUGCACAUGUAUCGUAGUGUAUUAUGGCGAUGAUAUGACUGAAUGUAAUGAUGAUGACUUCAUUUAUCCCGAUGGUGUUGAUGGUUUUUUAAAACUUCUAUUGGGAAACAGCAGUAGGAAGCUAAAAAGUCUAUUAUUCUCCUUAUUAUUCUCAUGAUGAUAUUGAAGUGGUCCUCCUCCCUCCAUAGUGCUGACGCUACAUUUGUAUUACUAACCUGUACUUGAGCGUAACCAUGUUGAUUGUAUUGUCUUAAUGUGAGAGUGAACUUCACAUCGACCUGCCCAGUGCCAUGUAGGAACCCAGCGCUGUAAAUAGUGUGUACAGAUUCAUGGCAGAGCACUGACAUGCUUUAUCGUACUCUAUGUUGAUCUCCAUCAGCCAUGCGGGGGAGCAGCAGGCGGAGCACAGGGAGCAGCCGGGGCGGUCAGGGAGGUUCACUGCAGCUGCACGUGGGAAACAUCUCACUGCUCGAGUUUCAUUCACAGAGUUGGUUUCUGUCGUGUUUUCAGGAGCAGGAACCAAACUUCAUGUGUUUGUUUCCAUUUGAUCUGAUUCGGUGUGAUUUAGGGACUAAAGACAUUUUUUGAAAACAAUCUAAAUUCAUUUAGUUUUUUUCAAAUGUAACUUUUCUAAAUUGAUGUUUUCUGCUUGAUCAAGUUUCUUUCAGAACAUCUGCUUUAAAUAACAAAACCAAAUAGAAUAAAACUACUUCUCUUGAUUAAAAGAUAAAAAAAAACAGCUGGAGAAAGUGAUAAAAAACGGAAACUUAAUUGUGUUUAAAGUAAAAUGGCGACUUUUUGACCGUCAGUGAUUACGGUGGAGUUGCCUUCUUCUCUGAAUUCCCACAAUCCUUUGCCCUGCCUCUGCUCCAAUGCCCUCUACAAGCGAACUAGCUCAGUGCAGAGCCUCUGAUAGACACAACAAUCUUUCAUUUGACCCAGUCUCUGAGAUCUGGUGCUGUGCUCCAUCGAACCACCGGAGACACAAUGAGAUCUUUGUCUCUGUGCUGAACGUGCUGCUGGGGGACACCUCCAGGGGGCACCAGAGAGGUGGCGACACUGGUCGAUGUCUCAAAUGGUGCUGAUCUGUCUCCAGAUAUUUAGACACACAUCGUACAAAAUGCUUCUAAUUGCAGAUUUGGUCUGUUAGGUUCUCCUCUGCCAUCCUCCCCCUAUGCUGCCCCCUACCUUUCAUUGGCAUAUUGCAUCUUGGUGAAGCCAGUGAAGGACACAUACAGUGAAUUCUCUUACAGUCCUCAUGGCUAUCACAAUAAAAGUGUGUCUAUCAGCAGCUCUGCCUCACUUACACAACACCUUACCUGCAUAGUAUCAGUGAUCAUUCUAUUACUUGAAUAUAGUGCUAUGAACUCUGUUUACAAAACGCUGUCACGGAGACACAGUGUUGUCUUCUACAGGCUGCUUGGUAAGUUCAGUUCAUCCACCUGGUGUAUCCGUUUAAUAACACACUCAAACCGUAUGAAUAUCAAACCUGCUGUUGCUUUUUUAUACUGUAUAUGCCUUAAUUCAUAUGUUUGGCAAUCAUGA